GGUUGGAUUUAUCCGUGUUAACCUUUAACUACUUUUGAAUGCAAAUUAACUUUGGAAAAAAAGAUACUUAAACAAAAAUAUCAAUUUUCAUCCAAGCGGUGUGAUAAUCUCAAAUUAAUUCAAAAAAGAAAAAUAUGUUAUUUGAUUGAAUGGUUGCAUAUUUAUAAUAAAUUAAUGAGUUUAUGGAAUGGAAGUGUAGAAAAUAUUUGUGUUAGCUAAGUGUGUUAAAAUAUUAUAAUUUUAAAAAAUGUUCGACAAGAACAUGGAUGCGGCUUUAUCGUCGCCUUUAAAUGGUGAUUUAGAUUCGACUAGUUCCGGUGGUACGGCUUCCGAUUCAACUAUUAAUCAGGAUUUAAUGUCUCCUUCGUCAUACGGAUCGAUUUUCCUUCCAAACUCAGGCUACCGGGGCAAUAUUUCCUGUAAAACUGUACUCCAUUUAGAAAAAUUCUCACCCUAUUCAACGGACAAAGAAAUCGAACGAAGAUUUCACGAUAUUACAAAUGAGUUUGACAAAUCACCGCCGGGUUCGUACCCCAAUUUGAAUGCGAUAUUCGAAGGAGCAGGUGAUUUGAAUGGGAAUACAACGUCAUCGUCUUUGAUGAAAAAUUCAAUAUCAUCUGGGGAUAUAGGACAUCAUCAGAAUGGAAGGACUAAUGGACAAUUUAUUAGUGGACUUGCAAAUGGAGUGUCGAAUUUCGAUGUUGGAAGAAAGUGCCUGCCAUUUAGCUCAGAUCAGAUCCAAUGCAUGUGUGAAGCACUCCAGCAGAGAGGUGAUAUUGAAAAACUGGCCACAUUCCUAUGGAGUCUGCCGCCCAGUGAACUAUUUAAAACCAAUGAAAGUAUUCUCAGAGCCCGCGCAAUAGUCUCAUACCAUAGAGCACUCUAUCACGAACUAUACAACCUACUCGAGUCACAUUGUUUUUCUGCUAAAUAUCACCCCGAGUUACAGAAUCUUUGGUUUAAGGCACAUUAUAAGGAGGCUGAGAAAGUGAGAGGACGGCCAUUGGGAGCUGUUGAUAAAUAUAGACUUCGGAAGAAGUAUCCACUGCCAAAGACCAUUUGGGAUGGGGAGGAAACAGUUUAUUGUUUUAAGGAGAAAAGUCGAAACGCUCUAAAGGAUUGCUAUUUGACAAAUCGCUAUCCCACACCUGAUGAGAAGAAAACUUUGGCUAAAAAGACUGGACUGACACUGACCCAGGUGUCAAAUUGGUUUAAAAAUCGACGACAGAGGGAUCGAACGCCGCAACAGAGGACAGACAUCAUGUCAGUGCUACCUGUUAAUCAAUUAGACGGUUCUGGUUUUCCAAGAAUGUUCAACGCACCUAGUUACUAUCCAGAAUCAAUAUUUAAUGGACAAUGAACAUAUAUGUAAACGCCUUAAUUGGCUUUAAACAUUAUAU